GUUUCGGGCCAUACUGCUAACUCCAUUCCCUGGCUAAACCCUCCAAACACAUUGAAGCUACUGACACCAGACGCCACAAGACGGCCUGCUGCUUUCGUCCUACUGGUCUCUCGAGCAGCAUCCAACGUGCUCGCCGGAGCAAUAUUUUUAUUACGACCAACGAUACCGACAACCUACAUGACAAAUCCUACAUCCUACCUGAUGGGAUUGACAACCACAGGAAAAUUCAGCACCAGCGCACACGCUACGACCUAUUUCGUUUUGAGUGACAUACGCGCACCAUUGUUGGCUGACGGAACCUCGACUGUAACCGGAUGUAUCGACUAAUUUAAGUCAACUCUACCAAAAUUGUAUUUGCACAGCAGCUUUAAAGCUCACCCCCCAUUAGCAGACAUGUUGAUGCCAAUGACCAAGCGCAAGCGUGCGAGGAAGGCAUGCAUCCCCUGCCACCAGCGCAAGCGGAAAUGCGACGGUGAGUACCCUUGUGGCACUUGUACCACCUAUGAGUACAACUGCACUUACGCCGCCGCUGCCGACGACGACAACACUGGCACUCUCCCAGUCAAGCGUGUCAGCCUCGAGGGCGGACGCAGUAUGGCAAGCCGGGCCGGCGCCGCAUCACGGAGUUCCGGCAGCCCGUCUCAAGCGGAGCGAAGCCCCCGUGAAGCCGAUGGCUCAUCGGCCAAGAGCCCCACCCUCGGCGCCGGCGCCGGAGCGUCGGCGGCCAUGGCAUUCCCGCAUAUCCUGAGCGAGGUUCUCGGUUCCGACAGCCCCUCCAAGAUACGCUCGCUCGCCUACAACUUUGGCAUCCGCCCUGAGGAGGCCCCGAGCGCUCAUGUCUUGCUGGGGACACUCAUCUCCGAGGCCGACCUUGAAUUCUUCUCGGGUGUGUACUUCUCGGUACUGGCACCUAUCGGCGACCUCCUGGACCCAAGAAUCUACGCCCAGCGAUGUCGUGAUUAUUACCAUGGCUCCGCCAGCACCCUGAUCGCCUUUGGCGCCGUGGCCGCUGGCGUCGCCGCUCUGGGGUCAUUUCUAUCCCCAGACAGACACCCGCGGGAGCCUGAUCUGGUGCAGUACGCCAAAGCCAUCCUUGAUGAUCCGGCUUCCAUGCGCAUGCUGGGCAUCGACCACAUCAUCGCGUGGGGCAUGCGAGUGCUUUACCUGCGAGCCACGAGCCGCCCCAGCAAUGCCUGGAUCGCGUCUUGCACUGCGAUGCACCUGUGCGAAGCGGUAGGGCUGCACAAGGAAGAGAAUAUCAAGGAGAUGGCGUCCGUCGCCGGCGCCGCUCUCGCUGGACAUGAUGCAGACCGGCUGAGGCGAAUAUUCUGGAUCUCGUGGGCGGGCCAUAACUUGUUAUCUUAUGAGUACGAUCGUUCGGCUGUACAAUUUCGGGCCGUGACUUGCCAGGCUAUCGUCCCGACAUCAGGGUCCGUUGCCGACCAGUUCGUGCAGAUAGCCCAGAUCAUCCCAGCGCCCAACUCCCCGUUCCACUUCGAAUGUCAGCCUCCCACUCCCCGGGAGGAGCUAUUUGAGCGUAUCAAAUCAUUGGAAAAGCUCCAAUGCACUCAUCCGUUUCUGGUGGUGACCAAGGCGGAGCUCACGUUUUGCUUCUAUCGACGCAUUUACCAGCUCAAGUUGGGCAUCUCGGACGACAUCAUUAAGCUUGUCAUUGACAGUGGCAACGCUGCAGUGGAUGCGGCUCAGCAGCUAGCUAACCAGGGCCAUCUGUUCUGGAACGUCAUCGGCAGCGUGUUCCAGUAUACCUGCGUCCUGUUGGCCAUCGACAAACCAGCCGCCUCGGUUCACAUCGCCGCUGCCUUCAAGGGCUUGGAGAAUAUCGUCAACGCUGCCGACACAAAACCGACGCGUGAGGCAUUGUCCAUGGCGCGGCAUCUUCUCAGCCUCCAUACGGAAAAGAAGCGAAAGGAGCUUGCCCAGCUGGAAGCUGUCAAUGCGGGCUAUCAAUUCUUCCAGGUGCAGCCGGAUUCUGAGGCCAACACCGAUGCGCCAGACAUGGGCUGGGGGAUAGACUGGGAGCAGUUCCUCGCCGAGCCAUAUUUAUCCAUGUUCGGUCCUGAUGUCUAGUUGUAAUGGCACGGGGGCCAUUGGACAUUUGCUGGACUCCGCUCAGCAGCUAUUUGGCAUGCAACGCAUUGGAACAUGCUGUGGCAUUCUGCGAUAGACGAAUGAAGA